AUGGGCUGGGUCGGUGUGGCCAGUCUAAUCGCAACCGCGGGCUAUUUCGCCUACCGCUAUCCUCCACGCUGGUGGACCGGUUUUUCUGUCCCUCCGGAACCCACCUCCGACGUGCCGCCACUUUCUCCGACUGCGGACGAGCACUCGCAGGCAAAGCAUGGCGUAAGCGACUCAAACGCCCCAUUGAUAGAGAUCGAGGAGGACGAGUCUCAGACCACGCCUAAGGCGUCUGCGUCCACCCCAUCGGGGCUUACGGUGCCAACAUUCAGUCUCGACGAAGACACGACCGGAAGCGCCCCGUCCGCAGACGCGCCAACACCUCCCGUGCAGCGCAAUAUGGCCAGAAAGACACCGUCAAUGGAUCAUGGAGGCACAACGUCGCCAUCAUCUCUCAUGACCGCUCCAUCGGCACAACGCACGCCCGCCCCGGCCUCAUCCCUAAUGCCUCCCCCUCCCGCUCCCCGACCCCGGCCUACACCCAACGUCACCUCCGGCCAACUCCAGCCCCCUCGUCCAAACAACAUGUCCAGCUCCCUGCGCCCACCACCUUCCGCUGCAUCCUCCCUACGUGUCCCUGCCAGCGGCGGCGGUGGCAGCCGCCUCAGCAGUAGCACUCUCGCCCCGCAGAACCUGAAGAAACCCUCCAAUGGAGCGCGCAGCAAAGUCAUCCUCGAACCGGGUUACUCGCCGCUAGACUGGGCCGCCCUCGCCGCGAACCCGAACAACCAGCUUCGCGGUGCAGGAAUGCCUCCGGGCUUGCUGCGGGUGACGCCGUCGAUGCUGAAGACGCAGAACGGGCGCAAGGGCCGCGAUGCCUGGACUUCGUAUCAGGGCAAGGUCUACAAUAUCUCGCCUUAUCUGCCCUAUCACCCCGGUGGGAAAGGCGAGCUCCUGCGCGGCGCGGGGAAGGACUCGGCGCAGCUGUUCCAGGAGAUUCACCCGUGGGUUAACUGGGAUGGGAUGCUGGGGGAGUGUCUGGUGGGCAUUUUAGUCUCGGAGAAUGAUGCAUCCGAGGAGAACAACCUUGACGCUAUGGAUUGA